AUGAUGUUUACCGUUGCUGCAGUAGCAGUAAUGGGAGCAACACUGCUUGGAAGUAACUACACACAGACACAGAUUGCCGGUCAAACACUUGACCUUGAGGCAAUGGAUAUCGACGUAUUAGAACAGAUCCACGCAAUGGGAGGUCUGGAACUCGUAAUGCCAAGCGCAUUUGCCGAGACAGACUGCACUGCGCUGGAAGAGAGUGGCCGCACGGUUCACGACUUUCAGCUGACAGGCGACACCGUUGAACUGCCCAUGCUGGGACACACGGCUGAAGAGCCAAAGAUGUUCCAGGCAAUGGUCUUCAACGAUCAGGUUCCAGGUCCGACGAUCCGCGUCACACAGGGCGAUGUCAUCAAGAUGACGCUUACCAUCCCUGCUGACGAGACAACGGCACACGGAAACGACAUGCAUGCAUCCCAGGUGUCAUCUGCAACCUUCGGCGCUGUACAGCCCGGAGAGUCCAGAGCAUUCUGCUACAUUGCACACUCUGCCGGCGUAUUCAAGUACCACUGCUCAGGUGUCGACCUGGUGGCAAUGGACCAGCACGUACUCUCGGGUAUGUAUGGCAUUACCAUAGUCGACCCGGCAGACGGCUACAAGAGACUGGUGGUUGAGAAGACCAGCGGCAGCGGCGAGGUGGACAGACAGUUCUAUGACGCAGACGCACUGGAGUUCCAACUGCAGUACAACCAGAUGUACCUCACGGGCGCAGGACUCUACGAUGCACAGGCAAUGUUUGCACAUCACAACACACACUCAGUCGUCAACGGAAUACCGUUCAGCUACGUUCCAAACGGAGUGCACAACCUGCUUAUUGCAGGAUCCAUGGACGAUAACAUCUUCGUGGCCCAGCCAUGGAAUGAUGUCGGACUAAAGCAGUACCAGUCGCAGCUUCUCUAUGUAGAGCUUGACCAGCACGUAAGAAUCUUCGUCGAGAACCAGGGCAACGAGCCCGUGUUCUUCCACAUAGUGGGCGAGAUUCUGGAUCGUGUGGUACAGGGCAACAGGGUGCAGUCCGCUGCAACCGAGACGUGGCUUCUUGGCGGCUCUCAGAACAUGAUCGUUGAUCUAGUAUUUGACGAGCCCGGAACAUACGCAGCAGUCAACCACGACUAUGCCGCAAUCUACACUGGAGCGCUCACUGUCUUUGUGGCAGGAGAUCCCUUCAGCCUGAACCCGGCACUAGUUGACCUAGGUGUAAUCCCAGAGCCUGUGUCGUCAUACGCAUACGUGCUGGGCAACCCAAGUGAUGCAGUACCUCCAACAGGCAUGAACAGCAUCGCACACCCGGCAGUAAACGUUCACGGAUUGUAUACCGAUGAGCGCGCAGCUGAAAUCCAGGCAGAUGGUGCAGUAGCAUUGUGGGAAGUACUACCUCCGAUUCUGGAAUCCGCAGGACUUCUG